CAUCAUGCCACCAGCGAGACUGAUGUUUUCUCUCCUUCUCUCUGUAGACUUUCCAUCUUUGUUCUGAUUCUUCUUGAAUCGGACGCCAAAAAAAAAAACCUACAAACCCUAGAAGUCUCUCCACAGAUUGUUUAUCUCAGAUCAUUUCAAGGUCUUUAUUCUCUCUCUCAAUUCCUUUUUCUCUGGUAACUUGAUUUUCCCGGUUUUGCUUUUCUUUAAUUGUCUUUCUCUCUCUCUGCAGCUUUGGAGGUGAACGGGGGGUUUUUGUAGAGAGAGAGAGAGGGAGAGAGAGGAGACAGAGAAAGGAGCUCCUUGAGAGAGCAAUAGCCACAGGGGUUUUGUGGUUUGCCAUGUGGUUAUUGCCCUCCUCAAUGGAAUGAGCUUUUUGGAGAAUUGGUUUCAUGACAUCAAUGGUUAUGGGUUCCAAAAUGGAUAUUUCAACAGUCAGAGUGUUUUGGAUUUGAAUACCUUGGCUUCAAAAGGAAGGGAAACAAGUUUUUUGGAUUUGGGAUUACAUAUGUUUCAGCAUUUAGGGUGCUUAAUUGGUAUUAAUCCUAAGAUUGGGACACAAAAGAGGUUGCCCAAUGCGAAGCCAUUGCAAACUAAAAUUAAACCAAUUGCCAUGUUGGAUACUGUGCAAGAAAUUGCCAUCUACAUACAUAGGUUUCACAACCUUGACCUUUUUCAGCAAGGGUGGUAUCAAAUCAAGAUCAGCGUGAGAUGGGAAGACAAUGCAUAUACUUCUUUGGGAAGUCCUGCAAGGGUUGUUCAAUGUGAACCUCCUGAUUUGGGUUCUGAUAACACAUGUGGAGUGUGGAAGAUUGAUGAUGCAGACAACAGUUUCUCAACACAGCCAUUCCGAAUUAAAUAUGCCAAGCAGGAUAUUCUUUUAUCUAUUAUGAUCUCUUUCAAUCUACCUCUUGGAGAAUGCAAGGGUCCAUCUACGUCUGCUGUUAUUUUGAAGUUCGAGCUUUUGCAAGCUCCCGCGUCAGAGAAUGGGCUUGAGUUGCUGGCACAUCUAGAUGCUUCCUCAGUUGCAGUCCAUGAAUUUCGUAUUCCCCCAAAAGCACUUUUGGGAUUGCAUUCAUAUUGUCCUGUCCAUUUUGAUGCAUUUCAUGCUGUGCUAGUUGAUGUAAGUGUUCAUGCCAGUCUGUUGAAGGCCAGCUCUUACAUGAAGGUAUCCAGUGAUUCAUGCUCCCAUGAAGAUGUUGCUGGCAAACAGAUUGAUAGGUCCAAUCAAUCAUUAGGUCAAGUGGCUUCUGUAGACAUGAAGCAGAUCAUGCUUGUUAAAGCAUUAUCAGUUGCCCGUGACACAUUGCUUGAAGAGCUACAAAAACUAAGCAAAGCCAUUGACCAAGCUAUUGAUUUAACUGAUUUUUCCAAAACAAAUAAUGAGGAGAUGUUCGAUUCCAUCUUGCGACCAAAUCUCGGCACUGUAGAUGGUGAAGUUUCAGGACAAGGCAAGCCAAAGAAUGUUCUUGAGAAGUCGAGCAGUAUUGCAGAUUUUCAAAGUGAUGUGUUGCCCUACACUUUAUCAGAGGAUACUGUGGUUAAAAUUUUCCAUUCCCUGGGUGUUCAAUUAUCAGACUUAUGGAGCACUUUUCUGCAGUUUCACAGGGUAAACAAAACCAAAAUAUUAGAGUUUCUGAGUACAAAAUGGGCCGAGGAUCGAAGGGCUGAAUGGUCAAUAUGGAUGGUUUGCUCAAAGGUUGAGAUGCCUCAUCAUUACAUUAGCAGGCGAAAUAAAGAUUUUUCCCACCCUACUGUCCCAAAAAGAGUUGCCAGCUUGUGGAAGUUACCUGAUGACCCUGUCCAAACCUUGGCUACACGUGCUGAGCUUCAUCGGCGAAGUAUUGCACAAAUGAAGAUUAAUAAUCAGUCAAUUCAAGACAUGCAUAUUUUUGGAGAUCCUCUUCGAAUUCCUAUUAUAAUUGUGGAACGUGUUAUGAAUGCACCCCGGCGUGCUCUUAGUGAACAUUCUUACUUUAGAAAUGUAGACCUGAUAGAUUCGCCUAUCUUGCUCUCACAACCCAGCAUUGAAGCUGAAACAAGCCUAUUUAGUUCCAACCUGAAGCAGAAUGGUCGUGAGUUGAAGGUUGUUGUCUUUGUGCACGGAUUUCAGGGACAUCAUCUGGAUUUAAGGCUUGUUCGAAAUCAAUGGCUUUUGAUAGACCCCAAGAUAGAGUUUCUUAUGUCUGAGGUAAAUGAAGACAAAACAUCUGGAGACUUUAGAGAAAUGGGACAAAGGCUGGCUCAAGAAGUGGUCUCUUUUCUUAAAAAGAAAAUGGAUAAAGUUUCUAAAUCCUGCAGCUUGAGAGGUGUCAAACUUAGCUUUGUUGGGCAUUCUAUUGGAAAUAUCAUUAUAAGGACAGCGUUAGCAGAGAGCAUUAUGGAACCAUACCUGAGAUACCUCUACACGUAUGUAUCUAUAUCUGGCCCACACUUGGGAUACCUUUACAGUGCAAACUCCUUGUUUAACUCUGGCAUAUGGCUUUUGAAAAAGCUCAAGGGAUCACAAUGCUUCCAUCAGCUUACUUUCACUGAUGACGUAGAUCUUCGCAAAACUUUCUUGUACAGACUUUGUGAGCAGAAGACACUCGAGAGUUUCAGGCAUACAAUACUGCUAUCUUCACCUCAGGAUGGUUACGUGCCACAUCAUUCUGCGAGAAUUGAGCUGUGUCAGGCUGCUUCCUUGGAUUUCUCAAAAAAGGGUGCAGUAUUCCUGGAGAUGCUGAAUAAUUGCUUGGAUCAGAUACGUGCCCCGACCUCUGAGAAUCGGCUGUUCAUGCGUUGUGAUGUCAACUUUGAUACCUCCUCCUAUGGCAGAAGCUUCAAUACAUUGAUUGGGCGGGCCGCCCAUAUCGAGUUUUUGGAGUCCGACACUUUUGUGAAGUUCAUCAUGUGGUCUUUUCCAGAACUAUUUCGCUGAUAUCCAUGGAAAUCACCUGCCAUCUCCACCCUUCCAGCUUUGCUGGCAUCUUCAGCAAGUGUUUCGCUUAAUUAUCUUUUGGCUGCGGGACUAGCAAAAAUGGGAUGUGAGGUCAGGUAGCUGAACAUUGGGCAGCUGCAUUCUUCGUUGGCAUGCAUAUUCCGGCUGACCGCACUGACUUUGAGUCAAAGCCAAUUUCACUAGAAGAAAGUGAUCAUACCCUGUGAAAUUUAUCAUGCCUGACCUACAAAACGAUGUUAUUUGUAUGCUCUUGGUGAGGUAUGAGAUGCUCAAAGCCAUCAUUUGUCUGUAAGGAAAACUCGACUCUUGGUUUCGGGGUCAGUGGUGUAAUUAUCAUCUAGGUUUAGAAUGCCUGUUUGCCAGAUAAUAGAUUGUGCGUGAAAACAGUUGAAAGUGAACAAGCUCAAUAUAGCUAAGCUCUCCAGUUGGCAUGUUGUAAUAAUAUUGUCAUAAGCUAAUUUUAUUACUUGCUUCUGUGGGAAGAGAAAUCUAUUUUGUACAUUUCUCUGAAUGUUUCUCUGAUCUCGGCGUAAUUUUUCAAAUUAUAAUAUAUUUUUGUUAAUCAGAUUUAUUAUUUAGUUA